AUGGAGGCCAAUGCUUCUGGUUUCUAUUCCACCAUCAACCUGGUGAAAACCAUCGUGGGCGCGGGAAUGCUGGCCAUCCCAUACGCUUUUCGAAGUGAUGGUGUUCUUUUGGGUGUGAUUUUGGUGCUUCUCGCAGCGAUAACGUCAGGUUUUGGGCUGUUUGUGCUUGCUAAAUGUUCCAAGGCUCUUAAAGAGCCCAGAUCUUCGUCCUUCUUCACACUGUGCUCUAUAACGUAUCCGUCAUUGUCGCUUAUUUUCGAUUUUUCAAUGUUUCUGCAGUGCUAUGGCGUGGGUCUGAGCUACCUGGUGCUGGUUGGGGACUUGUUCCCAGGUGUGCUCGGAGGCACACGUCACGGUUGGAUUAUAGGCAGCUCGGUAGCUAUUGUUCCUUUGGUUCUCGUAAGGAAACUCGACAGUUUGAAAUACUCCAGCAUUUUGGGGCUUUUCGCCAUUGCAUACCUUGCGUGCCUCGUUCUCGGUUCUUUUAUUGAGUCUACGCUUCUUACGGACAACUAUAAGAACAUCAGAGGAGACGUCUCUUGGGUUCAAGUUUACGAUACUAAGGGUCUUAUCAGCACAUUCACCAUAGUUAUAUUUGCUUUCACUGGUUCCAUGAACAUGUUCAGCAUUAUCAAUGAGUUGAAAGACAACAGUCUGUCCAAUAUCAACAAAGUCGUGUCGAGAACAAUGUUUAUCUCAUCGAUUGUGUUUCUCGGGGUGGGUGUCUCUGGAUACCUGACUUUCGGAAGUAAUGUAAUGGGAAAUAUCAUGCUCAAUUACGACCCUGAUUCCAAACUUACCGUGGUUGGGAAGCUAUGUUUAGGCUCUAUGGUGAUACUAUCGUUUCCCCUACUGUUCCACCCAUGUCGAAUUGCAACGAAUAACAUGAUCCACUGGAUUCGCAUCACCUAUAGUGAAACAAAGGAGCAACCUGCUUCCAACAACGAAAGUCGGCCUCCUACGACCCCGAUUUUCAUGACGGUAGAAGAUGAAGAAGAUCGUCUUUUGCUAGGAUUGGGUAACUCCUACCAAGCCACUUCUUGUCAAGAUGCUUCUCAUGAUUUAGAGCAAAACUCUGUUACUGUCGCCAGACCAGCUGCUGGGGUUCCUUUCUCGGACAGGGCAUUCUACACUAUCACGGCUAUUCUGGUAACUUCACUUUAUCUCCUGGCAUUGAAUGUGACGUCAUUUGCACUGGUGCUCGGAUUAGUGGGGGCAACAGGCUCGACUGCUAUCUCGUUUACUCUUCCCGGACUUUUUGGCUAUAAGUUAAUUGGCUCAGAGGCUGCCAAACAUGGUCGUUUGAUGUCAACAGCCGAUCAAAUCUUGAAAAAGUGCAGUCUGCUUCUAGCGCUUUUUGGACUCGUAGUUACGUGCGUAUCGCUGUAUGUUACAUUGUAUUUUGAGGCCUAA